AUUUAUAUUUGGUAUAUUCCUCUACGUUUGAUUUUGUACUACUUUUGACUCGUAAAUACUCACAAAACCUUCAAACUUCUACCAACAACUCUAUCGUGCGAGAUUGGUAUAUUGUAUGAAUCAUCGCCGUCAUGCUGUCUCUUUCAAGGAGGCUGGGAUCUUUUUGGGAGGGCUAUUCAACCGUGUUACCACCACAUCGUGGGCGAGACUAUGGUACAAAAUGUGCUCUCUCAGCCUCACCAACGCGCAGGGACUUUUCGCCUCGCCGGAUCUAGACUCAGCCACCCUGCACUGCAUCCCACACCUCCCCCUAAGGCCCAGACUUGUUUCUUUGCAUAAGCGUCAAGGAAAGUCACACAUCGAGACGAAUCACCGUCUUCCCUACCAGCCAACCACCACGAAAGUUCGCCUGUGGCUACACAGGCAAAAGGACCUCCUGACGCGCGUUUCUGGCCCAGUUGCAUCUCCAGCCGACGUGCAUUUCCAAUACUCCUAGUCUGGAAUUCGACGAAUUCACGAGGUCGGAAUGGACAUCUGCAAGCGAUCGACAGCAUGGAGGCUGCCUGCAGAGAUGGCACAUGUUGCCUCGAAGAAACACCCGGCAAUCUCUUCGUCAAUAAGUAUCUGCUGGUCGCUCUUGACGCUCGAUUCUCUGAAGCUGUUCCACCUCUUCUCAGCCUCAGACAAUGGACCAUCUUCCAACCGUAUCUGCCCCUGCUUUCCCCCCACUCCAGAUCCCAUACCUCCGAGCAGAAGAUGUACAGGUAUUGGAAUAUGAUAAUCAAGGAUUUACCGGAUUUCCUUCCAGAGCUGGUUGGGACAAGACAAACCUAAUCAAUGCCACUCUAGAAGGCCAGCCAGCCAGGACUGUGGCAGCCUUUGUCCAGCAAUGGCUCUUCUUUGGCCUGUUAUCAGCUUCGACUGGCCAUAUGUUUCCCAUGGCAGACCUCGUGCGUGAUUUCACGAGGAUUUCACCAGAGAGUGGAACAAGAGUCAUCUACACUGGCCGCCUGGAGCAAUAUCUCGUGCAGUGGCGAGGCUCUUUGGACCCCGAGCAACUGUCAGAAACUGGAGCCUAUGUGGCCACUCUUGACGCUAUCCUCGACGAAGCUCAACGACAUGUUGCACGAUACAUGUGUCGUGGUGGAGACGGAAGUGUGAACCACCAAAUGAGAGAACAUCCUGACAUUUCGCUGUCCAUAAUGGCUUUGGGAGUGACUUUGACCCGGGCUAAGUUGCGCAUCUGGCCAGACACCAGACUCUUCUCCUGGCAGCACAGCGAGCUGAUUCUGUCACGGAUGACGGAGGCUAGGUGGUGUCCGAGCGACAUUUCAAUGCUCGAGAAGCUCAUGACCCCAAGUGGUAUGUAUUUUGCCAGCUUGCUUCGGCCACGUAUGGCCCAGCACAAUCAUGUAGGAGCAGAAUGCAACCAGGACAAAUGUAAUGUGAUGAACAUAAGCGAGGAAGAAAAGGCCGAAUACCAGACAGCACACACCCGAGAAUGCCCUGGAUCCUGCGAAUGGCAACACGUGUCAGAGGCACAGCUGAAGGGAUUCCUCGAACGAGAGGGUGGACUACCUGUGGUGAAGGUGGAAGCAACGGUAGACGGCCAGGUUCAACUAAACUUGUCAGCCAAAACUAUCGGAAAGGACGGUGACUAUGUUGCCAUCUCUCAUGUCUGGGCAGAGAGACUUGGAAACACUCGAGACAAUUCCAUGCCUACAUGCCAGCUGCGACGUAUACAGAGUAUGGUUACAGCAGUAUCCGGGAGCAAGGAAACCUCUUUCUGGAUCGACACCCUUUGUGUACCUCAGGAUAAUUUUAACCGGCGUCAUCUCCGUCCUUUGAGACUUCGAGCAAUCCGAGACAUGGAUAAAGUGUACGGUGGUUCUGCGUGCGUUCUUGUCCUGGACUCGGAAUUGCUCUCGACCAACAGCACUUCCCCAUUUGAAGAACAGCUAGUGCGUUUUGCGUGCUGCAGCUGGAUUCGACGCCUUUGGACACUCUCGGAAGCGGUGAACGGGCCGAAAGUCAUGUUGCAAUUUGCUGACGGACCAGUCGAUAUGAUGACAGACAUUUUUCAUCGGUUGAGGGAUCAUAAUGGCUUCUAUGCCCUAUCGCAGACCGUCUUGACCGAAUUGACAGAUUUCAUGUGGCGUAUUGUCCUAGUCAGGAACCCUGAAGAAACUCCUCGCAUCACCGCCAUGUGGAACGCAUGUCAGUUUCGAAACACAAGCGAAGGUAAAGACGAAGCAUUUUGCCUCGCCACCAUUCUCGGAUUCGGUGAUACUCGUCCGAUCUUGGACGCUCCAAGAGAAGACAGGUGGAGGAUAUUCUUGCUCCAACAGAGAAUCUUUCCCAAGGACUUACUCUUCAGCAGCGGUCCUCGUGUCGAACAAGCUGGAUAUCGGUGGGCUCCUCGGAAAUUCAUAGGUCGUCCGGCAACCACAACCGCCACCUUGCCACUGCAGGAUGACACCGGCGAAGCUACACCACACGGGUUCAUGGUGAACUCGCGAGGAUACGCGUUUGACCCUCCCCGCGCCAGGUUCUGGGAUGGGUAUCCAGCGUUCUGGCUCCUGGACAAUGUCACGCAAAAGUGGUACCUGGUGGCCCACAGGAUGGUUCAAGAUGACGGACAGAUGCCUUGGCCCGAGCUCACGAAGGAACUGCAGCGCUGCAAGAGGAUAGGAGUUGUCGUGAAUAAAGAUUUGGACACGAGGAGGUUUGCCUUGGGCAUCUUGGUCGACAUAAGCUCCGAUGUUGCAGAGACCUUUCAGGAAAGCGUCACAUAUACAGCCCGAUUCCUCGCCACUGUCAACGUAAUGCUCGAACAGCAUGACCGGUGGGAGACGCUGAGAGGAUGGAGAAACGACGAGACAGAGGGCUUAGGCACUCACACAUGCAGGACUGUGUCGGCAACACCCGUUGAGCCGGGGCAAGCGUGGUGUAUUGGGUAGAUGUGAACUAGGUUAUACAGAUUGUGAUAGUAGUAAUUUAUCUUGUUUGUGUGUUGUUA